AUGCGUGCGGUGGUGGAUGAGAUGAGACGGAUUUGGUGUAAUCCGAGUGUUUUGCUUCUUAGUUGGGUUCGGCAAAGUUUCACUGCUGCUUUGCUUGAAGCUGCUGUAGUUUUGGGGGCAGUUCUUGGAGGUAGAUGUGAUGAAGAUGUGGAAAGGUUGAGGAAAUUUGCAAGGUAUAUUGGGCUUUUGUUUCAGGUUGUGGAUGACAUUCUUGAUGUGACAAAAUCAUCUAAGGAAUUAGGGAAGACUGCAGGAAAAGAUUUGUUGGCUGAUAAAGUCACUUAUCCAAAGUUGAUUGGAAUAGAGAAAUCAAAGGAGUUUGCAGAGAAAUUGAGAAGUGAUUCAUUGGAGUUGCUCCAAGGAUUUGAUUCUGAGAAAGCUGCCCCUUUGAUUGCUUUGGCUAAUUACAUAGCUUACAGGCAAAACUAACUCUUUUGUUUUUGUUGUUGUAUAAUUCUUAUUCUUGUUGGUUGACGAAAAGGCCUUGAUUUGAUGCUUCUUGUUAUGUUUGAUACAGAAGGCUUUGUGAAAGAAGCAGGAGAAAUAGUUCUAAUGUUGGAUGUAUUCUUCUACAAGGAUGAUAAUGAUAGAAUAUCGUUUUUCUCUUUGUUGCUGUAAUUUAUAUUAUAUAGAAUUCCCAUUAAAUUGGGAUUUAAUUGUUAGUUCUUCCUCAAUUGUUGGUCUUAUGAGUUCUUACAUGUAUGGUGAUCUCUAUAAAGAAUAGUUGUAUGGAAUUGGGUGUUUGAAUUUGGAAAAUUUUCAUUACUGUCCACGGCUUAUGUAUGCUAUUGCAGAUUUUAGUUUAUCAAGGGACAGAUUAGACAUAUUUUGUGACAAAUUGCCUGCUGUAACACUGCCUUUGCCGAUCCUUCCCCAUUUACUUGUAGGAUACUAUCAAGUUAACAAAUGCAUCUUGAUCGAUGCAGUUCAAUGAAAUGAAAAUUUUCAGGACAAAGCUUGUACUGCUCUAAUGUUAUAUUCAAAUUACUUAUUGGAUAUAUUUUUGAAAUGUU